GUUAUAAUGAGUGAUACUGAGCAUCAUCUAUGGGUGCAGAGAAUUUUACCCAAUUAAGUUCCAGAAUGACUGAAGAGGCUGAUGCAUUAUAUAACAAGAUACCCUCCAAUGAGGAGAUAGAGAGUUUCAUAGCUAAACAUGAAAAAACCAGUGACCCUGAGUUGCUAUGGCGAUUAGCCCGAUUAUCAAGGAUUCUAAGUUCAUCUCAUCCCGAUGCUUCCAAGAAGAAGUCUUACUGUCUUAAGAUGUGUGAUUUUGCUAACAAGGGCUAUGAACUGAAUCCUAAUAGUGCUGGAUGUAACAAGUAUUAUGCUGUAGCAAUCAUGGAGGCACCAACAGGCCAGUCUGAGAAAGCAAAGCGUGUCCAUGAUGUCAGAGCAUGUUUUAAGAAAGCUGUGGAGAUAGAUCCCCAAGAUGCCACUGCUCUACUGAUGCUUGGGAUAUGGCACUUUCGAGUAGCUGAUUUGCCAUGGCUUUUAAGGAAGAUCGUAAAUGCUGUUCAUUCCAACCCUCCAACAGCCACCUAUCAAGAGGCACUGGAGUAUUUUGAAAAAGCUGAGAAAGUGGAACCCAACUUUUCCCUCAGGAAUUUAUUGAUGUUGGGUAAGACCCAUUUGAGACUUAAAGAUAACAAGCUUGCCAAGGAAUAUCUACAAAAAGCUGUGGACCAUCAACCAAAAAGACCUGAAAAUGAGGAGUUCCACAAGGAGGCACAAACUCUAUUGAAGGGUCUUUAGAUUUCAAAACUUCUUUUACACUUUUACACCAAUGGCAAGCUCUUAUACUUGCAGGUUCAAGUUUAAUAACCAAU